AGUCGAAUCAAAUCAGUUGCUGAAGAUGCGUUGUAUGCUUAUAUUUGUCAUAUCUGCGGUGAGCCUGGCCUGUGCUGUUCCUCCACAAUCGGAAAAUCAGAUAUUAGCUACUUUUUUUAGCUAUGUCGAGACCAUCCGUGGCAUUCAAAUUCAUAACAUGAUGGUCCUCACCACCAAUUUCGUGCAGGGAGUUGUAGACAGCGUUCCGGUGGAAGAUCGGGGACCGGAUACCGCUACUCUUCAGGCCUACGCUAACAAGGGCAAGAGUCUCCGCCUGCGAGGCACCACUGGCGAGAAAUAUAUGUACAGCUCCGAACUGAAACAGGUAUUUGAAGGACUCAAGCUGAGUGAAUGGACGCCAGAAACCGAGGUGCCUGGAAUGAGCUUAUUUGGUUUACUGGACCUUAGUGAUAAAUUCGCCUAUCACGAUAAGAAACUACACAAACAGUUUGUCGACGCUGCCACCCUAAUGAAAGCUAAGUUGACUCUGGCCACUAUAGCUCGGGAAAGUGAGCUUUUCAAUGCGAUCGACGAAUACAUCGCUGCUGCUGAUGCAUCUGCUCUACGCGAACCUCUCUUUCUGAAAGUCUUUAGCUUCAAGGAUAGGUACUAAGCAUAUGCAAGUCAAUAAAAUGAUUUAUACAACAAGCAAUGAAAA